AUGGAUAAUUUCAAGGAAAAUAAAUUACUUGUAAGAUCGGGCUUAAUGUAUUCAGACACAAGAGAUCUAUUUAAUUGGAUACUAUCACUAUAUACUGCAUCUGAACCUAAUCUAAUUUAUUGUGGAAAUAUUACAAUAAUGCACAGUGACGAGAGGUUAGCGUACUAUAAUUGGAAGUUUAGUUUCAACUGGCAAUCCGCUCCAAAGCCCUAUAUGAUGGCAAAACGAGAGAAGAUAAUAAACCAACUUCCAAUUACCGAACAAUGUGGCAAUGAUGAAAAAAAGAUUUUAAAAUUUACAAAGGACAAGGAAGGCAAAUUAUUUCAACUCAAUAAAGUUGAUGGGGAGUUGAUAACGUUGGAUGAGUUGCCGCAUGUAAACAAACUUUAUUAUCUGUUUACAAUACCUGAAGAUACUUAUGAAAAGGAGAUUGCAGAGCCUUGUAUGAUCUUUAGAGCUGUCAAUGACAGACCAAAAAUUUUAGUUAAAGGAUACAAUUCAACUCAAAGAAAAGUGAAUGGAACAAAAAUUGAUGUUAUUAAAUUCGACUACUUGGAAAGGUUUCUUGAAAUUCAACUCCUUUUAACAAAUCAACCAAAUUUAAAAGAUUUUUAUAAAAACGAAGAAAUUUUAAUAACUAAAGUUAUUUUUACAAAGAAUGGAGUUAAAGAAGUACCAAACUCCAACAAAACUACCAAGGGAACCUUCUCAUUAAAUGGAUAUGAGCUUUUAAAAUUUUCUUACAAUUGGCUGUCGACUGGAAGCAACCGUAUGAUAAUGAAGAUCUUCUAUUUCGCACCACCACAAGAAAACUUUAAAUUUCCAUUGGAGUAUAUUCUCUACGCAUCAAAUGAGACGGUGGUCAGACCAAAUUGCUCAAUCAAUAGAUUCAGUUUUGGAUACCUUUAUUCAGUUGAUUAUAUUAACAAAAAGAUAGUUAAUCUAACUGAGUUGAAUGCUAAUGGAGUAGCACAUGAUGGUUUGUAUCGCUCUGGUGAUUUUGUCUUCACAUCAGAUGUUUCGAAUUUUAAUACAACUUUAAAAUGUCUCUACAAAACACCAAAUGGAGAAGUCACAUUAAUUCACUCGUUUUUACAUAAUGACAAAGCAAGUUUUGAAGUAGAUGAAAAUGGAAAAAGAUAUUUAAAUGUGGAUGAAGAUAAAGUAACUAUAAAUAAAGUUAAAAAAUCACGAUUUGAAAAAUUUAAGGAAACAUUUGGAACUACUGGUGCAAUUUCUAUUAUUGUUGGAAGUGUUAUUAUUGGUAUCUUAGUCUUUGUUGGCAUCAGUGUAUUAAUAUUUCUUAAGGCAAUAAAAUUACAUAUUAGAAGAAAGAAAUUAGCAUCUAAAUACCCCAAUAUAUUUGCAUUGUGGAAAGAAUUAUCAAAUGCAAAUUUGGAAGAGUACUGUAAGAUUGUUCAAAGCAAAAAAUAUAUUCCGGAUGUAUUGAAGAAGCAAUCGUUUUUAAAGAAAAUAGAAGGUGAUGAAGAGGUUGAAUUCAAUACAAGUACUCUUUUUGACACUUCUUUGGUCAAAUGUUUCAAAUCAAUCUUUGGAGAAAUAAGAGCUCAUUACAUAAAUGAUGUCUCACCGGAAAGAAAAUAUAUAAUUUCUGAUGGACCAGCACCUGAAAAUGUAAAAUAUUUUUGGGAGUUAUUUUACAAAGAGGAUGUCGCAGUUGUUAUUUCAAUGAUUUAUCAAGAUAGUGAUGAAGACCCAGAAACAAAAAAUAAAUUGUUAUAUUGGCCAGAAAAAAACCAAACUUAUGGAAAUGUUACUGUUAAAUGUUUGGAGGAGCUUCCAACUAGUCUUCAAAAUGUUAAAGUUUUAAAAUUCAGCAUGACUAUGAAAGGAGAAAAAGGUAAAAUCGAAAAUCUAGAAAAUUUUCAGCCAAUUUUUUAUAUCUCUGAAAGUAUUUAUGAUAUAGCUAUGAAAAUUAAUAUUCUAGAUCUUCUUUUGAAUAGAAAUCGAAUGAAACUAGUCCCAUCUUCAUAG